AUGGGGAAGGAUGUUGUCGUGUUGGGGAAGGGUGUAGUGGUGAUGGGGAAGGAUGUUGUGGUGUUGGGGAAGGGUGUAGUGGUGAUGGGGAAGGAUGUAGUGGUGAUUGGGAAGGGUGUAGCGGUGACGGGGAAGGGUGAAGUGGUGACGGGGAAGGGUGAAGUGAUGGGGAAGGGUGUAGUGGUGAUUGGGAAGGGUGUAGCGGUGACGGGGAAGGGUGAAGUGGUGAUGGGGAAGGGUGUAGUGGUGAUGGGGAAGGUUGUAGCGGUUACGGGGAAGGGUGAAGUGGUGAUGGGGAAGGGUGAAGUGAUGGGGAAGGGUGUAGUGGUGACGGGGAAGGGUGUAGUGGUGAUGGGGAAGGAUGAAGUGGUGUUGGGGAAGGGUGUAGUGGUGAUGGGGAAGGGUGUAGUGGUGAUGGGGAAGGGUGUUGUGGUGUCGGGGAAGGGUGAAGUGGUGACGGGGAAGGGUGUAGUGAUGAUGGGGAAGGGUGUAGGGUGA